AUGACUACCCACCACCCCCGCACCCUGCCCGUCAUCCUCAUCACCGGCACCCCCGGUACCGGCAAAACCCUCCACUCCCAGCUCGUCGUCAACGAACUGACAGAAGACGGUACACCGAUGAAGCACUUGAAUAUCGGCGAUAUCGUCAAGGAGCACGGGUUCCAUGAGGGGUGGGAUGAAGAGUGGAAUUGUUGGGUGGUAGAUGAAGAGAGGUUGUUGGAUUGGAUGGAGGAGGUUGUCAACCCGAGAGAUGGGCCUGCGCAGACUGGUUUCGUCAUUGACCACCACGACCCGUCUCUGUUCCCUGAAAGAUGGGUCGACUUGGCCGUCGUCCUCACAUGCGACAACUCCAUCCUGCAUGACCGACUGACUUCAAGAAACUACCCCGAGAAGAAGAUUACCGAGAACGUCACUGCCGAGAUCAUGAUGACCUGCAUCAACGAGACGCGAGAGUCUUAUGCUGAAGAGAUUGUCGUCGAGUUAAAAAGUGAGGGCCAGUCGGAUGGGGAGGUGGAUGAGAAUGUGGGGAGGAUAGCGCAGUGGGCUGUGAACUGGAAGAAGGACCAGCAGGAAUAG